AUGCUGGUUUUCUCUCUUCCCCCUAGUCCUUCUCUGUCCUUUUCUAUACCUGCUGGUCUUUCUCUCUUCACUCUGUCAUUCUCUGUCAUUUUCUAUUUUGGAUGGCUUUUCUUUCUUCCCACUGGUCCUUCUGUGUCCUUUUCUAUUCAUGCUGGUUUUUUUCUCUUCCCUCUGAUCCUUCUGUCUUUUUCUAUACAUGCUGGAUUUUCUCUCUCCCCACUGGUCCUUCUGUGUCCUUUUCUAUUCAUGCUGGAUUUUCUCUCUCCCCACUGGUCCUUCUGCGUCCUUUUUUAUUCAUGCUGGAUUUUCUCUCUCCCCACUGGUCCUUCUGUGUCAUUUUCUAUUCAUGCUGGUUUUCUCUCUUCCCUCUGGUCCUUUUGUGUCCUUUUCUAUUCAUUCUGGAUUUUCUCUCUCCCCACUGGUCCUUCUGUGUCAUUUUCUAUUCAUACUGGUUUUCUCUCUUCCCUCUGGUCCUUUUGUAUCCUUUUCUAUUCAAGCUGGAUUUUCUCUCUCCCCACUGGUCCUUCUGUGUCAUUUUCUAUUCAUGCUGGUUUUCUCUCUUCCCUCUGGUCCUUUUGUGUCCUUUUCUAUUCAGCUGGAUUUUCUCCCUCCCCACUGGUCCUUCUGUGUCAUUUUCUAUUCAUGCUGGUUUUCUCUCUUCCCUCUGGUCCUUUUGUGUCCUUUUCUAUUAAUGCUGACUUUUCUCUCUUCCCGCUUAUACUUCUGUGUCCUUUUCUAUUCAUGCUGGCUGUUCGCUCUUCCCACUGGUCUUUCUGUGUCAUUUUCUAUAAAUGCUGUCUUUUCUCUCUUCCCACUGGUCCUUCUGUGUUCUUUUCUAUUCAUGCUGGCCACGAGUCUUUCUGUGUCCUUUUCUAUACAUGCUGUCAGUUCUCUCUUCGCUCUGAUACUUCUGCGUCCUUUUCUAUUCAUGCUGGAUUUUCUUUCUUCACUCUGAACCAUCUGUGUACAUUUCUAUUAAUGCGGGCUUCUCUCUCUUCCCAUUGGUCCUUCUGUGUCCUUUUCAUUUCAAACUGGUUUCUCUCUUCUCUCUGA